AUGACUGAAAAUAGUAAUAUUGAAGCAACGGGGAUGUCCGCUAGUAUUCAACCAUCUUCUCCAUCGUCAGGUAUUCGUAAGAAUCGGUCAGCUGUCUGGGAUCAUUUUGAUGUAGAGAAUGCUACUGAGAAGAAGGCUAAAUGCAAAUAUUGUGGUAGCUUAAUACAAUAUGGGAAUGGAACCAGCUCAAUAGGUGGUCAUUUGAGAAGAUGCAAGCAAAAUCCUAAUAAUGAUUCGAACAAAAGAAGAAAAACAAUGACCACACCGACUAUAGAUGAGCGUGGUGUUUUAAAUUCACCCAGUGCUUCCAAAUUUGACCAAGAGGAGGCUCGAAGGGCACUUGUGGAAAUGUUUAUUGGGGAAGAGCUACCAUUUCGCUUCGUUGAAAGCCCGAAAUUCCGAAAAUUUGUGUAUGCCCUACAAGCAAGAUUCAAAGUUCCUUCACGGACUACAUUAGCACGUGACAUUGGAGCUCUUUAUGCUGAAGAGAAGAUGAAGUUGCAAGAUUUUCUUUCGGCAAAUUGUGUUGAUAAUGCCUCGUCUAACGAUGUUGCAAUUAAAUAUCUGAAGCAGCGAUUGAAUUCUUGGAAUAGCAUUAUUUUGAAUGGUGAAUUUAUUCAUAUGAGGUGUUGUGCACAUAUUAUAAACUUAAUUGUAAAAGAGGGGUUGAAAGAGAUUGAUGAAUCAGUCUUGAGGAUUUGUAGUGCAGUAAAGUAUGUUAGAUCUUCUCCAUCUAGAGCUAGUAGGUUUCAAAAGUGUGUUGAAUUAGAAAAAAACCAAUAUAAAGGCUUGCCUUGCAUGGAUGUUGAGACUAGGUGGAACUCUACCUAUCAAAUGUUAGAGGUAGCUUUGAAGCAUCGCAAAGCAUUUGAGUUGCUUACUUUGAAAGAUAAUACCUAUAUAGGAGAGAUGAAUGGAGGAAAAGGGAGAGGUGUUCCUUCUGAUUCAGACUGGGAGUAUGCUGAGUCCAUUGUACCAUUUUUACGAGUGUUUAGUGAUGCCACUAUAUGUGUUUCUGGUACCUUAUAUGUUACCAGUGAUAUGUAUAUGAAUGAAGUAUUUGCAAUUGGACGAUUUAUUCGUCAUUCUUGUGAUUCUGUUGAUUUUAGUACUAUGUCAAUGGCAGAAAGGAUGAGGGUUAAGUAUGAGAAGUAUUGGGGCAAUCCUGAUUCGGUGAAUAUAUUGUUAUUGAUUGCUAUUGUACUUAGUCCAAUGCAAAAGAUUGAGUAUGUCAAUUAUUUCUUGGAUUACUUCUUUGGAGAAGAAAAAGGAGGCAAAUUGAAGUCAAAGUUGUCCAAGUGCAUAAAGUUACUUUAUCAGCAAUACCAAAGUUCUGAGGAAGCAAGUGAAGCUGAUACGUAA